GGCAGACACAUAAUGCAAAUGAUCUACACAGAACAUCGCUAUGUAUGAAUCCCCCUUCCCUUUUGUGUCAUUCCAUCACCCAUCUCCUUAUCUCCGUUGCCCCUCCCCUUCCCUCUGGCAUCCUCUUCGGGUUCUUACAAUCCCGCCCAAUGUGACCCUUCUUGUCACACCUGUUACAGGUGUGUGUCUCCUUGAUAUACCCUCUGCCAGCAUGCUGAUCUCGUUGCACGCUGGCCACCACGACAUCUCGCUCUCUGUCAUCGACGUCUUUCUCGAAAAUCUUCAUACACGCAAGCCACGAAGGUGGGUUUGGCUUGGAGAGCAACUUUCGAAACUCUCGGUACUCGCCAACGAACGUCUGGUCGCGACGGGGGAGGGAGAGAAUAAACAAGUCGCAUCGGUCGACCUCGGUGAGUCUGGACUCGUUUCGCUUGGCGUCGGCCCACGUCUUGUUGAACGUCGUGAGGUGGUCGAUCAUCUCCGUGGCCGUUGGGUGAUCGGUGAGUCGCAUGGCCCGGAGGUUUCGCCCAGCUUGUCGAGUGAGUUCGCUCGUCUCGUUGGAGUCCAACGAGAACAACUCAAUGAGGUAAGUCCACUUUUCAGCCGCCGUGUGUAGCCGCUGAACGUCUUGGUACAGAUCCUCUGCGAGCGUCUGCAGAAGCACACCCUGCGCCGUCUCCUCUCGCUUACACUACUCUUUCCACUCUUCCUUCGAGGCCUGCUUCGC